GUAUAUCCUUGUUUAAAGUCGCUCGUACCAUGGCGUCCUACAUUUUGUCUGUAAUUUUGUUCAUCGUAGUCUUAACUGUUGUUUCUGUAGCUGCAUCUGAAGAUGAAACGCCUUUCGAUUGUCCUGCAAAUGAACGUUAUGUCAAAUGCCAAUUGGCAGUGUGUAUAAAAACUUGCGAGCACUUAAGGAAUAUGCCACCUUGCCCAUCUAUUGCUGCGGGAUGCUAUAAGCCUGCUUGUGUCUGUAACCACGGCUUCCUAAGAAAUUUAAACGGAGUCUGCGUGCGUAUAGUUGACUGUGGUUUUGAGGUACCAGACCAUAUGAAAGAUUAUUAAGUGCUGUAAUUUAUUAUUUUUUUAAUAAAUAAUGUUAUGCUACGUAA